AUGGCGCUUCUUUUGAAGCCUUCCGAGUACACGGGCCAGAAAGGCACAGCUGUGGCUGGCCGGGUCGUGAUGCUCACCGAACAAGAGAUCAAGUGCAAAGCUUCCGCUGCGAAUGCCGCGGCGCCGAAGCAAGGCAAAGGCGGCAAGGGCAAGAAGACGCCAGACUCGGCUACUUUGAAGCUGGAGAUCCAUCUUGCUGGCGCCGAGAGCGUGAACGAGGUGCUUUAUGUGGAAGCUUGGGGGGAGCAGGCGGGCCAUCUGAAACAGAAGCUCGCCCAGGGGGACUUGAUUUCGAUUGCUGGGGCGACGCACAUUCCGGCUGGGCAGAACUACUCGACUUCACGGCUGCCGUAUCACUUGCGGGUGAAGGGCACGGUGGGUGUGAAUGUCAUUGUGCAGAAGCUGGACGCUUUGCCUUGGCCGAACGUGCCAGUCUUGCAUCCCUUGGUGCCGCUUCGUUCUCUGGACCGGGUGAAGGAAAGGCAGCAGAUCUGCGUCGCGGUGCAGAUUGAGGAGAACCCGGGCACGGUUGAGAGGGACACGGCAGCUGGCAGAGUUCCGGUAUGCAACGCAGUCGUGCAGCAAGAGGGCACGCGCGUUCGGUGUGCCUUCUGGCGAGAGCAAGUGGGCAUGCUGGCGGCGAGGGGCCCUGGUGAGUGCGUCCUCUUGUAUCAAGUCUUGGUGGAGAAGAAAAAAGAGGGAUCUUGGGAGCUUGGUAGCUGGCGCGCUACUCAGAUUUUGGAUUGUCCGCCCGACAAGGCGGCAGAGAUUCGAGGCGCUCUGCGGAAUGCGGAAGACUGCAGGAUGCUGACCGAAGUUCCCAUCCGAGACUGGGCACAGUGCGAAGCCGUGCCAAGCACCCUGAGCGCGCUGGUGGCUGCCAUUGUGCCGGGCCACCUGCGGCAGAUGAACACUGUCUUCAAGGUCUGGGGGCUGCAGGUGAUGGGCGUCAGCUCCGUGGAUGAGUGGGUCCUCAAGUCCUGCAGCAAGUUCAAAAAGGCAGCGCCUUGUCAGGCGGGGCUUCUCGCAGCCUGCGCUGGUCUGCCUGAUUUCGUGUCCACUGUUGCCUAA